UCUUCGGAAAGCCGAACAUCCACGACACAGCUGAUUAUGUUUUUAGAAUUUUGUGUUUGAGUGUUGUUUUUCACAAUUUUCCCCAAAAUGCUGAAGGAAAUUGAGGAUCUGGAGCAUCAAAUACAGCUGUGUGAUCUCUCAACAGCUGAUAAAAUUGAAGAGUUAUGCAGGAAAAUUGAUGAGAAGGAGGAUGCUGUGGAUGAGAAGCUGAGAGAGAUUUUGUCGCGUAAGGAGCCAGUUGAUACUAAGAUGGGAGCAAUUGUGCGUGGGAUGGAUGAGAUUGCCCUCGUGAAGGGAGAUUCCCGGAAAUUGGCUGAAAUGAUUGGUCACACGGGGAUUUUGGCUGAGAAUGUGAGUGCCAAGGUGCGGAGGCUCGAUGAGGCACGGAGUAGGGUGUCUGAGUGUCAGCAAAGGGUGCACGAUCUUAUUGAUCUUCAGCUGUGCAGUCAGGGUGUCAUGACGGCCAUAAAGGAGGAGGAUUACGAGAAGGGUGCCGCCCAUGUGCAUAGAUUCCUCUCAAUGGAUGAAUCUCUGCUUAAGAAGACAGCUGAUGAUGUUUCAGAGUCUGUAUCAUCGGUCAGCAAGGCUGUGGACACACUGCAGCAGGCAACGAUGCAACUUCGACAUCUCAUCACACAGAAAUUCGAUGAAUCCGUGAAGAAGGAUGAUUUGGCGUCUGUGGAGAGAUUCUUCAAGAUUUUCCCCCUCCUUGGGAUGCAUGAUCAUGGAAUUGAGAAGUUUUCUCAGUACAUUUGCCAUAAGCUCAAUGCCAAGGCACAGAAGGAGCUGCGAACGUCCAUGGAUACCGCAAAAGCGGAAAAGAGGACAGUGGUUGCCUUUGCGGAUACCCUGACCAUCCUCCUGGAGAACAUUGCACGUGUUGUGGAGGUUAAUCAGCCAAUCAUUGAGACGUACUACGGGAAGGGGAGAUUACAUCAAAUGGUGCGGAUUUUGCAGGAAGAAUGCGAUCAGGAAGUGAAAAUUUGUCUGCUGGAAUUCAACAAGGGCAGGCACAUUCAGCGAAGGGUAGCCCAAAUUAAUGAGUACAUAAAAACCGGCGGUAGUGGUGGGAGUUCCGUGGCAGGGCAUUACAGGAAACCCUCCGGAGGCUCCAUGGAUAAGCUCAAUCCCAAGGAUAUUGAUUCUCUCAUUGGGGAGAUCACAAUCAUGCAUUCCCGUGCGGAGCUUUAUGUGAAAUUCAUCAAGCGUCGCGUUGCCAGAGAUCUGGACAGCAGCACCCUGGAUGAGGAGAAGAAGCGUACAGCACUGGCGGGUGUGGAGAAGUGCCUGAAGGAUUCGGAUCUCAAUAGGCAGAUGCAGGAACUUCUUGGAAUUUAUUUGCUCUUUGAGAGAUUCUUCAUGGAGGAGAGUGUCCUCAAGGCAAUUGCCCUGGAUGCCCAUGAACCUGGUCAGCAGUGCUCCAGCAUGAUUGACGAUGUUUUCUUCAUUGUCCGGAAGUGUAUCCGUAGGGCAAAUACCACGCAAUCUCUCGAUGGGAUCUGUGCGGUGAUCAACAAUGCAGCCACAGCGCUUGAGAAUGAUUUCAUUGCCGCCAUCAAGGAGCCCCUCAAAGCGGGCUAUCCAUCUGGCUACAUUGACUUGGCGCAGGCCUACAAUGUCCUCCAGAGUUCCAUUCAGCAGGGGAAGAUUCAAACGUCAGACACAGAGCAUGCCAGGAGCAAUUUUCUCGUGAAACUCAACGAUGCCGACAUGGCAACAGAGUACGUUGAGACUCUCUGGACAAUGAUGAUGGAGGAGAUUCGUAUUGCCUUCCCUGCUCUCUCGCCGCGGGAGAGUGAGAAGCUCGAGAGUUGCAGUAGUGGCCUCAAGUCCGUGGGGGACACACUGAAGGCUGUGAUUGAUUUUGGGAUGCAGCAGCUACGUUCGAGUGCAGUGAAACCACGCCUGCAUCAGUGGGUUGAUGAAUUCCUGGCGCAGAGUCACAAUUUCACCGAAGAUGAACUCGCUGCCUACGAUGCGGGGGAGACAUUCAUCCAAUCGCUAAUCUCUCAAAUUGAUUCCCUCCUCAAAUCCUUCGAGAAUGUCCUCACAGCGCGAAACUACGGGAUUCUCGUGGAGAUUCUCGCCACGGAUGUAACAGCGCGCCUCGAGAGGGUUAUCCGGAAGUCAACAUUCAAUCGCCUAGGUGGCCUGGUGCUGGAUCAGGAGGUGCGGGCUCUUUCGACGUACCUCACGGGAGCAACAUCGUGGUCUGUGCGGGAUAAAUUGGCCAGGUUGACGCAGAUUGCGACAAUUUUGAAUCUUGAUCGGGUCGCAGAGCUCAGUGAUUACUACAAUCCCAGCGAUACGAGUACUACGCCCACCUGGAGGCUCACACCCAAUGAAAUCAGGACGAUAAUGGCGCUAAGGAUUGACUUCCGCGUGGAUGAUAUCAAGAAAUUGAAGAUUUAAUGGCAAUUAAAAUGAAUUAAAUUCAAUGA